AUGAACCGUUAUGAAAGAGCCGAUCUUGAUAAGUUUGCAGCCAAUCUCAGGGACGGUUCUCCAGGAUAUCAUCAAGCAAAGGCUGAGUAUGAAGGUAUGCGUGAAGUAAAGUGCUAUGAUUUGAUUCCCAAUGUGAUAGAUACCGCUAAACCGAGGAAUGUUCUAGCAAGAACUGCUCAUUAUGUAAGAAAAGUUAACUGGGUUGUGCAACAGGUAGUGGCCCAGUUUUAUACUGGUAAGCCAAGAGAUGUGUAUACACCAGAUGAUUUGAAGAAGGUACUAUGGGAGGGAAAAGUAAGGGACUUAGCUAGUUUUGCUGCAAUGACUGGUUUAUACGAGAGGCAUGUGAGUCCAUCGGACGGUCAGAGGUUGCUUUCGUUCUUUUCAAUGCAGUGCUUACGCGCAGUGUAA